AAUUAAAUGUCAAUGUCAUUGUAUUAUGCUUUGAAUUUCGAACGUGAAGGAUUGGAUAGAAUUAAAUUUAUAUUGUAUUUUAAACUUCUACAAUGCACAUCACUAGAAUUCUAUGUCGAGUGCCGGUGAUAAAGUUCCGCAAGGGAAUGGGUCCGUCCGCUGCUAGUGCCCCUCCACCUUCCUCAGCCAGCCCUGCGGCAGCCGCUGCUGCUCCGGCUCAGGCCCAGUCUUCGGCGGCAAUGAGUAGUGCUGCUAUAUCUGAUAUUGACCUACCUCUGCGUUACCAACGACGGCCACUUUCCCAAGAAGAGAUCGACCACAUCAAUGGCGGCGGAGUCGAGAGUAAAAUAUCAUCUUCACAAAAUGUAACUCCAGCUUGUGCCAUUAAAAUACCGCGCAGUAUUUUAGUUCAAUAUGGAAAGAAGAGAGAUGUGAUAUCCUUUAAAAUACUUCUCCAAAAAAUUGAAACUGGGCAAAAUAUUUAAGGAUAGAACAUAAACGACUUUAUUGACUGAAUUACACAAUAUUUGAAUUGUCUUGAGA